AAAUGGAAAGAUCUGUAUGCUCAGAAUCUGGCCGUCUACAAUGAGGAGAUGAGCGCGUACAAGGCCAGUCUGCCGCCGGGACACAAGGUCGACAGCACCGUGCCAGCCACCCCCAAGCCGGCCAAGGCAGCAAAGACGUCAAAGUCCAGCAAGCCAUCGACCAAGGAGGCCGCCCGGCACCAGGACGAUCACGACGCCGCCGCCGAGCAGCAGCUCCAGCAGGCCGUCCGCGAAGCCACCACCGACGACACCUCCUCUGAGUCCGCAGGCUCGUCAGAGAGCGAGGCAGAGGCGACUCCCACCCCGUCCCCGCCCAAGCCAACGCCCAAGUCGUCGAAACGUCGCCAGUCCAAGGCUGCUGCUGCUGCUGCUGCUCCAGCACCGGCACCGGCACCGGCACCGCCUGUCAUCGAGACGCCCACGCCAGCCACCAAGAAGUCGUCGCCCGAGAAGAAGGAGAAGAAGAGCAAGAGCAAGGACAAGGAUAGACGGGCCUCUGCUGCGAAUGUUGCUGCUGUCGAAGUGGCCUCGCCUGUCCCCGAGCCCCCCAAGUCCGAGAAGAAGGCUCGAAAGAAGCGCAAGAGCGCCGUUGACGAGUGA